AUGAGCAACAAUGAUUACGAUCAUGCUAAACGUAAAAAGGCUAUACUGGAUGAAUUUGAAAAGGAAAUCACCUACAACCUGGUAUGCCAUGGAACGCCUACCGGUGACAGUGAACUGGAGCUGGCUCAUUUACGCGAUAUAAAGGAGCGCCUAGAAAAUGAAAAGAUAACUGAACCUGGUAAUUGCUAUACACGCGAUUUUUUGAUCAUGAACGAUAAGUACGAUAAAUACGUAAAGGAGCUUGAUAAAUAUGGCAAUCUGGACAAGGAGGUGGAUCUGGAUAGACAGCGUACAGAGUUGUAUAGCAAUAUACAAAAACACCGCGAGCAGGAGUUGGCCCUGAUUAAUGUGGUGGGAAAAUCUCGCCAAGGGUUUGAGUGGAACACCGGUCUAAAACUGGUCACAAAUGGGAUUUGGUUCUCGCAACCAUUUAUUGUAAGCAAAACCAAUGGCCAGGAGUUGGCCAUCAUUUUGGUGGACACACAGGGCCUGUACGACGAGAACUACACCCAAAGGGACUCGUCUACUAUUGUAGGCCUGAGUCUACUGAUGACAUCGGCGCUGGUAUUCAACGUGUUUAAUAGCCUACAGGAGGAUGACCUGGGUAUUAUGCACUCAAUACUGGAGUUUGGUUUAGAAGUUGUCCGAAGUGGACAGGGAGAUGGCGCUAGUGCUACGGCGCAAUUGGAUAAACCUUUUCAAAAUUUGAUUUAA